CCACCUUGAAUUAUUCCAAAAAAAAAAAAAGCUCUCCUUGUUGAUUUCUUUUUUCUUCCUGUCUUCGUGUUUCUAUCAUUUGGAUUCAAGAAUUCGAUCAGAUACAGUUAUUCUCACCGGUUUGAUCGUCUUGUUGUCGUUCUUGUCUGAAUAAAAACCAGAGAAGAGAAGAGAAGCAGAUGAAAUGGGUCUUUGCUUUUCAUCUUCCUGCUCUUCGUCUCCCUCCCCUCCGACCACCUCCUCCUCCACCUUCCAGAAUCAUGCUGCAGUAUCAAACAAUCACAGCGGCAACGGAGCAGAGUUCUCGUCGGCCAGCGUGACGACGACGACGACGAACAGCAGCGCCGGUGGCCGGAGCCAACAAAUCUCGGAGGCGGAGACGGAGAACUCCUUCACCGACGGUCAGAUUCUGGAGACGCCGAACCUCAAGAUCUACACUUUCUCCGAGCUGAAGACAGCGACGAUGAAUUUCAAACCAAACACGGUGUUGGGUCAAGGCGGUUUCGGAAAAGUUUACAAGGGCUGGGUCGACGAGAUCACUCUCUCCCCCUCCAAGGUCGGUUCCGGCAUGAUCGUCGCCGUCAAGAGAUUGAACUCUGAGAGUGUUCAAGGUUUCGCCGAGUGGCGAUCGGAAAUCAACUUCUUGGGGAAACUGUCGCAUCCAAACCUCGUCAAGUUGCUCGGAUACUGUUGGGAAGACAAGGAACUCCUCCUUGUUUACGAGUUCAUGCCCAAAGGAAGUCUCGAGAAUCAUCUUUUUAGACGAAAUCCGGCGGUGGAACCGCUGUCUUGGGACCUAAGGCUCAAGAUUGCGAUCGGUGCAGCUCGAGGUCUCACGUUUCUUCACAGCUCAAACCGAGAGGUCAUCUACCGAGAUUUCAAAGCCUCUAAUAUACUGCUAGACUCGGAUUAUAACGCGAAGAUAUCGGAUUUUGGACUGGCGAAACUAGGACCGUCGAACGAAAAGUCACAUGUCACCACUCGGAUCAUGGGCACUUACGGCUACGCUGCUCCUGAAUACAUGGCAACAGGGCAUCUAUACGUGAAGAGCGACGUGUACACGUUCGGGGUGGUGCUGCUGGAAAUGAUGACGGGCUUAAGAGCGCACGACACGAGACGACCGGACGGGCAACAGAGCCUCGUGGAUUGGCUAAGGCCGAGUCUUGUCGGAAGCAGAAGCAAAGUCAAACUCAUAAUGGACACUCGUCUCAAGGGUCAGUACUCUUCCGCCGCCGUAGCCGAGUUGGCUCAGCUCACCGCUUCCACCCUCGAGCCUGAUCCCAAGAAACGUCCUCACAUGAAACACGUCCUCGAGGUUCUGGAGCAUGUCCGCCGAAUCAACGUCCCUAAACGCACCGUUUCCGAUUCCUCUUCGAAUUCUACGCCGCUAAGUAGUCACCGGAGUAGGUAUCAAGUUGCCGGCGGCGGCGUUUAUCAUCGGCGUUCUCCGGCUCCGGCGAGGGGAGGAGGAUAAUUUUCCGGCGGGGCGAAUGAGUGAGUAGUAGUUACCUUUUUUUUGUGGAUUCGUUCAUUCAAAGGUUUUGAUGGUGCUUUACAGCAUAGGAACACGGUUGAUAUGUUUAGAGUGUUUGGUAAUGUGUGUAAUUUAUUUGAAUAAUGGGUUUUUUCCCUUAUACAUA